AUGGGGAAACAAUCGAAGCCCAGAAAACCAGAGUCCUUCGGAAAGGGCAAGGUUACCCCAAUCCAGAUCGCCUUCAUCGUCGACAGGUACCUCUGCGACAACAACUUCUCCGAAACGCGCUCCACCUUCCGAAACGAAGCUUCAUCACUCAUCAACAAUUCUCCAAUUAACGAGGUUCCAAAGAGUUUGUUGAGUUUGGGUGAGAUGCUAGAUGAGUAUAUAUGCUUGAAGGAGCAGAAGGUGAUGGUGGAUCGGGAAAGGGUCCUCGUUGAGCAAGAGAAAAACCGGGUUCAGAUGCUGUUGCAAGGCAUGCAAAAUGUCAUGAACGCUUACAAUUCUAGUCGAAGCCUCCCUGCACCGAAUGUUCCCGUGUUGACUGCAAAAUCUGCGGGGGUUCCUCAACCGAAAUUCAUUAACAAAACUCCUCCGGGUACAAUACUUUUCCCUGAUGCACCAGGAGCUGAAUCUUGUUUGCUAUUGCUGUAUUUGACAUUUGUAAGCAAAGAAUGGUUAUCAAUUCAGGGUUGUUUGAAUGAUGUAUUGAAGUUAAUUGUGAUCUUGGCCGCAUUCUUAUUAGGUGUUCCUACUACUACUGCGCAAAACACAUCGAAUAUACACUUGCUGCCUCAGUGUAUCAACACCAAUGCAGAGACUGGAAACUUCUCAACACCCAUGAUGAGUGUAUCUGACAGGAAGAGAAAAUAUACUAAAGCAUUGGAUGCCACUUCAGUUGCAAAGAAAUCUCGAGGUAGAUCAUGCAGCAUGAAAAUUCCUGUCCAAGGUCAAAACAUACUGCCACAAUCAGAUAUUGCUGUCAAUAAUCAAGUAGUUUCUCAGCCCUCUUCUGCAAUUCAAUCAUCAUCUGGGAACUGUGUACCCAGUGGAUCACAGGUUCAAGGAUCCAGUGUUGCUAAAUGUUUAUUUAGUCAGCCUUCACAUUCUAUUCCGACGAAUUCACCAGUUUCAAAUACACCUCCUAGGACAAAUACUUCUCAUACUGAUGCAUAUAUAUCCCCUCCUGAGAUUUCUUCAGUUGCAACUUGCAAUGGGGAGGCUUCACCCACUUGUUACACCGUAAUUUCAACCAAGAGAGUUAUGGUUAGUCCUGCAAAACAGAUGGCUUAUAUCGAGAGCAGUCAUUGCAUUUCUCCUGUGAAGACAGAUUCUGACAAGAUAACUAAGAGGGAUCACGUAAGAAGCAGGUUGGAGUUUGAUGCCACUGAUAUCCCUAAGGGAUUGGACAAAUCAUUGCCUAAUGAGAUUUCUACAUCACAGUCUGACAAGGAAGUUGACACACUUUACACUGAUUUUCCUGAGUUAGAUGUCUUGGGAAUGGACUUCUCAUUCACUGAAAUGUUAAAUGAUCUAGAGAUCCCUUCAGAUGGCUUUGAUUUUUCUUACCAUCCAUCAUCAAGUCAUUCAAAGGAUAAUGCUUCAGGGUCUUCUCAUGAAUGCAAGGCUAAUCAAGUUAUAUCUGAAUUAUCAACUGCAGCAGAAGCUCUAUCUGAGAAAGACAUGAAUACACAAGGCCCUGAUCGUUUGUCUGCAGCGAAAUCUAUGACAAAAUGCAAAACAAUUUUAAGCCAGGAGGUUGAUCCUUUUCCUCAUUUUUCUAAAUGGAAAAAGUUAAAUUUUAGCACAAGGAGGCCAUCUUAG